AAGUGCCUGUAUGUGAAGAUGAAAUGAACAGAACACAAGGAGAGAUUUUACUUUGCAUGGCAGUAUAACAGUUAAACCCCUACAGGGACCGUAGUCCUGCCUCCCCUUGGCUAAGGACACCAAACUGACUGGAGCCAAAAAAUAAAAAGUUUUUCUCCUUUAUAUCGGACUGGUAGUCCUAAUAACACCCGAGAGAGGCUUGACCUUGAGAGGAAGAGUAUUGCUUGCUAAGGCUGAGGGAAUCUCCAGGUUUACAUACGCUGCACGCUCUCUGUAUCUGGACAACAAAAUAUGUAGGGAUAACUGUUUUAAUAUCUGAUGGCAACAAUGUUGAACACCAGCACAGGUCUUUGGGAGAUCACAACACCCAGUAACUCUCUCCUUAGUGUUUUCAGCACAACACCAUAUGAUUAUUAUGAUUUUGAGACUUUUCAACCGUGUGAUUAUGGAACCCAUGCAAGCCGUAUUCUCCCUGUGCUCUACUCCCUGUUCUUCGUGGUGGGCUUCCUGGGAAACAUGCUGGUGCUGUGGGUGAUCCUGAGGGGCCCUCAGAUAAAAAGCAUGACUGAUGUGUCUCUCCUGAACCUGGCCAUCGCUGACCUUCUACUAAUCUUCUCUCUGCCCUUCCAGGCUCACUACGCCAGGGAUACCUGGGUUUUUGGUAGAGCCAUGUGCACUCUGGUCCUCAGCGUGUACUACAUUGGAUUUUACUCCGGCAUUUUCUUUAUUGUGCUGAUGAGCAUCGACAGAUACUUGGCUAUUGUCCAUGCUGUGUUUGCCUUGAGAAUCCGAACCAAGACUUGUGGGAUUUUAGCCAGCCUGGUAGUCUGGAUUAUAGCUAUUGCAGCAUCAUUUCCUGAGCUGCUGUAUCUUGGAGUUGAAGAGACUGGGACUGAAGUAGUUUGCAGUGCUUAUCCAAAAAAUCAAGAAAGUCACAACGAUGUGAGAAGUGCAGCUUUCUUUAAAAUGAAUAUUUUGGGAAUGCUGAUUCCACUGAGUAUUGUGGGAUUUUGCUACUCGAUGAUUCUACAGAAGCUUCGGACUGUUCGUAAAUCAGGGAAAUUGGCCAUUCGUCUUGUUGCUGCGGUCAUGGUGGUGUUCUUCUGCUGUUGGAUACCGUACAACAUUGCAGCAUUCCUCAAAGCACUGGAAAUGAAGCAUAUCCUGCCUCCAGAGUGUGAGCUCAGCAAAACAAUUCAGCUCAUGCUGCAAGUCACUGAAGCUAUAGCGUACUCACAUAGCUGCCUCAAUCCAUUCCUCUAUGUGUUUGUGGGUCAAAAGUUCAGGAGGAACCUCGCAAAGCUCUUCCUCGAGACCCCAUGCAUCCAAGUGACACCAUGCAACACCCGGUCCACAGGCUCGGUGUGUUCCCAGACCACACAUGUGGACGAACACGCAGUUGGAAUCUGAAUGGAGGAACGUGAAGUCUUUUUUUAUAUGUAUAAAUUACUUCCAUUUUAUACUGUAUGUACUAUUGGAAAUACUGUUGAGAUAACUUGUAUUUGCAUGUGUUAUAUAUCCCUGUUAUUAGGUAAAGUUUACCAUAAUGUGCUCUUUUUUAAAGUUUUGUAAACUCUCAGGGUGAUAUCAUUACCUUUUGUACCUUUAAUGUAUAUCCUGUAAAUGCAUACAUAGUGUACCUUUUAAAAAAGAUUUAUAGUUCAUAAUUGUACUGUAAUUAUGUAAUUGGAUUAUACUUGCUUUUAACUAUGCAUACUCAUAUGCAAGAUAGCUGCCACAUGGUUGUUUGGAGCCUUGGUUGUGCAGGUCCUUAGAAUUCUGCUACUGUAGGUGACAGUGUGGCGCGAAACCAGAUAAAUAGUGGGGGUAGUGUAUCUUGUGACCGACUAGACAAAUGAUAACUGUGUCUGAAAUUAUUCUAGAAAGUGAUUGAGUACGAUUAUUAACCAUUUUGCACUUGACAUUCCAGCAUACCCACUUUGAAUAGCAAUGAUGAUAACAUGUAUGAGCCAUUCCACCAUAUGGGUGCCGUUUCUGUCCCCAGGACAAUAUAUAUAUAUAUAUAUAUAUAUAUAUAUAUAUAUAUAUAUAUA